GAGUCAAAAAAAAAUAUGGAGAAGAGGGAAGAAAGCAAAGAAAAACUCCGAUAUCAUCAUCUACAGAAAUCGAGAUCGCAGAAAAAUGGAGAAAGCAAAUCCUAGACGCCCUUCAAACACUGUUCUUCCUUACCAAACUCCUCGAUUAAGAGAUCACUACCUCCUGGGGAAGAAGCUAGGCCAAGGCCAAUUCGGCACGACCUAUCUCUGCACCGAGAAGUCAACCUCCGCGAAUUACGCCUGCAAAUCGAUCCCUAAGCGGAAGCUGGUGUGCCGAGAAGAUUACGAGGAUGUCUGGCGCGAGAUUCAGAUCAUGCAUCAUCUCUCGGAGCACCCGAACGUUGUCCGGAUCAAGGGUACCUACGAGGAUUCUGUCUUCGUACACAUCGUGAUGGAGGUCUGCGAAGGAGGUGAGCUGUUCGAUCGGAUUGUGGCGAAGGGUCAUUUCAGCGAGCGUGAGGCGGUGAAGCUUAUAAAGACGAUUCUUGCGGUGGUGGAGGCAUGCCAUUCGCUUGGGGUUAUGCAUAGAGAUCUCAAGCCUGAGAAUUUCUUGUUUGAUAGCCCCAAGGAAGAUGCCAAGCUUAAGGCUACGGAUUUUGGCUUGUCUGUCUUCUACAAACCAGGACAAUAUCUAUACGACGUAGUUGGAAGCCCGUACUAUGUUGCACCAGAGGUUCUAAAGAAAUGUUAUGGACCUGAAAUAGAUGUGUGGAGCGCCGGUGUUAUCCUCUACAUUUUACUAAGCGGUGUCCCUCCUUUCUGGGCAGAAACCGAGUCUGGAAUCUUUAGACAGAUAUUGCAAGGGAAGUUAGAUUUCAAAUCUGACCCGUGGCCUACUAUCUCAGAAGCUGCUAAAGAUCUGAUCUACAAGAUGCUUGAAAGGAGCCCCAAGAAACGAAUUUCUGCACAUGAGGCCUUGUGUCACCCAUGGAUUGUGGAUGAAGAGGCAGCACCAGACAAGCCUCUUGACCCAGCAGUCUUAUCACGACUAAAGCAGUUCUCACAGAUGAACAAGAUUAAGAAAAUGGCCUUGCGGGUUAUCGCUGAGAGGCUUUCAGAGGAAGAAAUUGGAGGUCUAAAGGAAUUAUUCAAAAUGAUAGACACAGACAACAGCGGGACGAUUACAUUUGAAGAGCUCAAAGCGGGUUUGAAGAGAGUCGGAUCCGAGCUGAUGGAAUCAGAGAUCAAGUCUCUUAUGGAUGCGGCGGAUAUUGAUAACAGUGGCACAAUAGACUACGGAGAGUUUCUAGCAGCGACACUACACAUGAACAAGAUGGAGAGAGAAGAGAAUCUGGUGGCAGCAUUUUCGUAUUUUGACAAGGACGGGAGCGGAUAUAUCACCAUUGAUGAGCUGCAGUCAGCAUGCACAGAGUUUGGUCUAUGUGAUACACCUCUUGAUGACAUGAUCAAGGAGAUUGAUCUUGAUAAUGACGGGAAGAUAGAUUUCUCGGAGUUUACGGCAAUGAUGAAGAAAGGAGAUGGAGUUGGGAGAAGCAGAACCAUGAUGAAAAACUUGAACUUCAACAUUGCUGACGCUUUUGGAGUUGAUGAACAAAGCGCUCAAAAGUCUGAUGAUUGACCCCCCACCCCAGCCAAUCGAUCCAUCGACAAUUUCUUUUUGGCAAAACUAAAAAAAAUAAUAUCAAUUUUAGUUUCUUACAUAUCUCUUGGAACUGAGAAUAAUGAAAUGUUUUUUUUUUUUGCU